CUCCUGGCCUUUUCAAGACCACCUCAUCCCUGUCAGUCUCAGUCCUGUUUUAUUGGCAGGCUCAGAGAGUUUAUGGACUUGUGCUCUACACUUACUUUCAUCUUCAGUUCUGGCAGCUGCCUUGGCUGUAUUGAACCCUGUGCCAUGGUUGUCCCUGACAUUGAACUGAUCUGUGAAAUUUUGUUGGUUGUUGAAGGGUUUAUUGAUGUGUGCUUGUUAGCCAGCAAGUUUAGCACCUUGUAUACUCUCUGCAGGGAACUGUUCUCUAAACAGGACCACUGUGACUGGGGACUUCAUGCUAUCAAAUCAGUUCUGGUAGCUGCUGGCUUACUGAAAUGGAGAAACAAGAACAGACCUGAGGAUCAGGUGCUUAUGUGAGCCUUAAGAGACUUCAAUUUGCUUAAAAUAGUGACAGAUGAUAUCCCAAUUUUCAUGGGCCUGAUCAGUGACCUGUUUCCAGCUCUGGAUGUUCCAGGGAUAAGGAACCUGUAAUUUGAACAGAUGGUUAAACAAUUUACCCUGGAGCUUGACUUGUAGCCUGAAAAGAGCUUUAUUCUCCAAGCUGUUCAGCUGGAAGAGCAACAGGCAGUGUGUCACUCCAUGUUUGCUGCUGGAAAUGCAGGGACUGGAAAGAGCAAGGUACCUGCCGACCUACACAGUGGGUGCUGAAAACUGCAUUACACCUACGUGAACACGCAACAAAAGUCCAUUUGGAAUGGCCUCAACCCAAAAGCUCUGACAGCUGAUGAACUGUCUGGUUUUAUACACAGUGCAACACAAGAGUAAAAAGAUCACAGAAUAAUUUAUAGUGGAAAUUAUAUUCUGCUGUCUUUUCUUCUGAGAGAGCAAACUAAUAUUAACCAUGAGGGGUCAAAAUGGUUAGUUUUGGAUGGGGAUGUAAAUUCCAUGUGGAUUGAGUCACUCAAUACUGUUAUAGAUGAUAACAAGGUUCUGACCCUUACAAGCAAUGAACGUGUGCUGGAGACUCCAUCAAUGCAGCUACUGUUUGAGGUGCACCAUUUAAAAGCUGCAGCCACAGCUACAGGAUCCAGAGCUGGCCUCCUCUGUCUGAACAAGGACCUGGGCUGGAAUCCGUGAUAUGUUGCCAGCUGGAUAGAAUAAAGGAUACACCAAUCCGAAAAGGCUAACAGGACUGUUCUCUUUGGUAAAUAUGUGCCUCCUUACUUGGAACAACUCAAAACAAACUCUAAAACUGUUGCUCCUAUUCCUGAAAAUAUUAUGGUACAUGUAGGCAUUAGGAUUAAAUAUGGUAAUCAUUUUUAUGUAUGCUGCAUGGUCUUUCAGAGAGGCUUGAAAAAAAAAAAAAAAAAGGAGGAAAAAGCUGGUUGUAACUGUGGCCCAGUAGGAAAUAAACUUAUCUAUUUUAUGGAUGAUUUGAAUAUGCCUAAAGUGGAUAGAUAUGGUCUACCUCAUGUAUUGAUUCAGCAGCAUAUAGAUUAUGAACACUGGAGACAGAAGCUAACUAUUAAAGAAGUUUGUAAUUGUCAAUAUAUUGCCUGUAUGAAUCCAACUACUGGGAGCUUCACAAUCCACCCUAAGCUCCAGGGACAUUUUGCAGUAUUUGCUUUGAACUUCCUUUCCUCGGAUUCCCUGACUACUAUCUAUAGCAAGCUAGUUUGUUUCCACUUUCAGCAGCAUGCUUUCAGUCCACCAGUACUGAAGAAUAUUCCAGCCAUCACACAAGUAGCCACAUGGCUUCACAAGGCAGUGAUUCAAAACUUCUCACCAACUGCUGUUAAAUUUCACUAUGUCUUUAACCUGAGAGACCUCCCCAAUGUCUUACAGGUCUGUAUCAUGGGCUGUAUAGUUUCAAACAACGUGGAAGACCAAGCACUGCUGCAACUUCUGCUCAUCUAUUGCCAUUUUGCAAACAGCAGAGCAGCCCCUUGCUACAAACCAGUGAAGGGAUGGGAAGUACUAAGGAAUGUAUGUACGGAGUUCCUAGAAAGCUACAAUGAAAUGCAUGCUUUGAUGAACCUAGACUUAUUUGAGGGUAGCAUGCAGCAUGUCUGCCAGACUGGUCAUAUUCUGGAAGUCCCGGGUUACGUACUUCUGGUUGGAGUAGGUGGUAGUGGUAAACAAAGCCUGCCAAGGCUGGCAGCAUACAUCUACUCCAUGGAGAUCUUCCAAAUCACACUGAAGAAAGACUAUGAGAUCCAGGACCUGAGGGUAGAUCUUGCCAGUUUGUGCAUCAAGACUGGUGCCAAGAACAUGCCCACAGUGUUUUUGCUGACAGAUGCCCAGGUUCCAGAUGAACGCUUUCUUGUGCUGAUUAAUGAUUUGUUGGCAUCAGGAGAGGUUCCAGAUCUGUUCAGUGAUGAAGAUGUGGAGGGCGUAAUUGCAGGAGGUCGAAAAGUCCCAGACGUGGGAUUGACAGACACCAAAGAAAACUGCUGGAGGUACUUCUUGGGUUUAGGAACCCAAGAGCUGGCUUUGCGUCAGAGGGACUAUCUGAAUGCGUGCCUUCUGGCUGUCUGCGUGCCAGUGCAAGCGUGUGGCUGCAUUCCUACUUACAGACAUCACACUGAGCGACUAUCCCCAGGUGGAGAGACGGGGCAGAAACGAUGCAUGCUGAGAGCCCCAGCUCGGAAGUUCCCAGCCAUCAUGAGCUGCCUGGCUAUUGACUGGCUUCAGCCGUGGCUGCAGGAGGCCCUGCGCUCCAUCUACAGGAGGCUCAUAGAGGAACCAAAGGGGUCGAGUUUCUUUGCUCCUGUGUUUCAUUUGUUCUUGUUCCUUGGGUAUGUGCAGCCACUCGUCCAGGACUCCAUCUGUGAUUUCAUGGCUUAUGUCCACACCAGUGUGAAGACGCCGAUUGCCAAAUACAAUCGGAAUAAGAGGCGAUACAAUUGCACCACUCUGAUGAGUUUCCUGGACCAAAUCGGACUGUUUAAGAGCCUAUUGGGAUAAAAACAUGAGAGGAUGUUAGAGCACAUGGAGCACUUGGUGAAUGGUAUACAAAAGCUGAAGGCAACAGCUUCUCAGGUAGAAGAUCUAAAAUCCAAACUUGCUUCUGAAGAGGCAGAACUGCAACUGAGAAAUCAAGAUGCUGAAGUUUUGAUUGCUAAAAUAGGGUUUCAGACCGAGAAUGUGAGCCAAGAAAAGGCCAUUGCUGAUGCAGAGGAGCAAAAGGUGAGAGCAAUCCAAGCAGAAGUACAUCAGAAACAGAAAAAAUGUGAGGAUGACCAGAUGCAAGCCAAGCUGCUUCUUGUUGGUGCUACAGCAGCCUUGGACAUGCUUAAUAAGGUAAAGAUUUCACAUAUUGAAAGCCUUCAUCAACCCACCAAUGUUAUUGCUGCAGUAAUGAUUUUACUGGCAACAAAAAGGGAUGUGCUCAAAGACCAAAGCAGGAAAGCUGCAGAAGUCUUUAUAGGAAAGGCUGAUGACUUCUUGCAAACUUUAAUCAGCCAUGAUAAGGGCAUUCCUGAGAAUUGUCUGAAAGUCAUCAAGGAACAUUUAUUGAAAGAUUUCAACCCAAGUUAUCUUCAUACAAAAUCCUUUGCAGCAGCUGCUCUCUGUGCCUGGGUUAUCAACGUAGUAAAAUUCAAUGAGCUGUAUGGCGAGGUAGAGUUGAAGCGCUGUAUGUUGGUCCAGGCAAAUGCUCAAUUUGAAGUGGCUACAGAAAAACUAGAAAUGAUUGGGAAAAAGCUUCUUAACCUGGGUGGCAAUCUGUGUAAACUCACAGCUUCAUCAUUUGAGAAAGCAGUUGCAGAGAAAGUCCGAUGUCAAGAUGAUGUCAACCAACCAAACAAAACUAUUGAGCUGGCUGAAGUGUCGGUCAAGGGCCUUGAGUUUGAAAAUGUGCAUUGGAGCCAAUUUGUUGAAAACCUCAAAGCACAAAAGAAAACUUUAUGUGGUGGUGUCAUGUUAGCAGCAGCAUGUGUGUCUUACUUUGGACCCUUCACAAAACCAUCUCUCCAGGAACUGAUGGAACAUUUCUGAAUUCCCCUUCUAAAGCCACAAGUUCCUGUUCCUGUGAUGGAGGGCCUGGACCCAAUUGCCACAUUGAUGGAUGAUGCUACGACUACAACAUGGAGUAACAAGGGACUGCCUGCUGAUCAGAUGUCAGCAGAAAAUGCCACCAUUCUAACACACUGCAAGUGCUGUUUUGUUAUGAUAGAUCCCCAGCAACAGGGAAUUAAAUAGAUGACUAAAUACAGAGCUGACCUUAAUGUCAUACAUGUAGGACAGAAAGGGUAUGUGCAUGCUGAAGGAUCACCUUUGUCUUGUGGAGAGAUUAUACUAAUCAAAACCACUGAUUUUAUUGAUCCCAUGCCUGAUCUCCUGAUUGGAAGGCAUACAGUUAAAAAGGGAAGAUAUAACCAAAUUGAAGAAAAAGAAUGUGAAUUCUACAGGAAUUUCUGUCUCAUCUUUCACACUAAGUUGGCUAACUCUCACUACAAGCCAGAACUGCAGGCUCAGACCACUCUCAUUAAUCUCACUAUCACUAGGGAUGGGCUGGAAGAACAGUAGCUGGCUGUUUUGCUUGGUGCUGAAAGGCCAGACUUGGAAAAUCGUAAGUCAGUGCUGGUCAAGCAGCAGAACUGCUUCAAGAUUGAGCUCAAGCAGCUGGAGAAGGACAUGCUGCUCAGUCUGUCAGCUGCCAAAAGUUUCUUAGAUGACAAUAAAAUUGUAGAAAAACUCUAAUCAGCAAAGUCAGCUGCAACAGAAAUACAGUGCAACAUAGCUGAAGCCAAAGAAAAUGAAGUUCAAAUUAAUGUGAUGAGACAGCUUUACAGACCAACAGCCAUAAGAGCGUCUCUUUAAUUCGUUAGUAAUAGCCUGGGCAGCAUCAACCCUGUCUACCGGUACUCAGUGAAGGCCUUCAUAGCAGUCUUCCACAAAGCAAUUAAGCAGGCUGAAGACAUUCAGUAGUGUAUCUCCAGUCUGACAGAAGCUGUCACGUACUCAACAUUUGUUUUUAUGAGCCAAGGACUUUUUGAAAAGGAUAAGCAUCUCCUGGCCCAAACUGCUUCUCAGAUUCUUCUAAGAAGUAAAGAGAUAGAAGCACUUGAAUUGGAUUUCCUUCUUCGAUUCAAAGUUGAAUGCACUUACAAGAGUCCUGUUGACUUCUUAACUACUCAGUCAUGGAGUGCCAUUAAGGCUAUGGCAGUGAUGGAUGUGCUCAAGGGGGUAGAUAAAGAUAUUGAAGUAUCCACCAAGAGGUGGAAGAAGUAGGUGGACUCAGAAUGUCCAGAAUGGAAAAACAAAGGCUUUCUAGAGAAACUAAUCAUACUGAGGGUGCUCCAUCUGGACAGAAUGACGUAUGCUCUCAGGUCUUUUGUGGAGGAAAAACUUGGCUCAAAAUAUGUGGAAGGCAUGAGGAUGGACUUAGCAAAAUCAUACGAAGAGAGCAGUCCAGCCACUCCUGAGUUUUUUCAUCUGUCUCCAGGAGUGAAUCCACUUGAAGACAUGGAGACACUAGGCGAAAAGCUUGGUUUCACUAUAGACUCUGGAAGAUUUCAUAACAUCUCUUUAAGACAAGAGCAGGAGAUAGUUGCAGAGGAGGCAAUCAAUGCCACACAUGGCCACUGGGUUCUUCUCCAAAAUAUUCAUCUGGUAGCCAAGUGGCUAGUAACCUUGGAAAAACUCCUUGAGCAAUACAGUGAAGAAAGUCACUCUGACUUCCACAUCUGCAUUAGUGCUGAACCAGCUCCAACCCCAGAAGAGCACAUCAUUCCUCAUGGAAUACUAGAAAACUCUGUUAAAAUUACCAGUGAACCUCCUAUGGGGAUACUAACUGAUCUACAAAUUACACUCCACAGUUUUGACCAGGAUACCCUUCAACUGCGUAGCAGAGAACGGGAAUUUAAGAGCAUCCUUUUCUCUCUUUGCUAUUUUCACACUUGCAUUGCUAGUAGACUCAGGUUUGGCCCUCCAGGCUGGAAUCAAAGACACCUGUUCAGUACUAGAGACCUCACUGUUUGCCUCAACGUCCUCUGCAAUUAUUUGGAGACUCAUACAGAGGUAGGAUGGGAAUACUUGUGUUUUCUCUUUGGUGAAAUUUUGUAUGGUGGCCACAUCACUGAUGCCUGGGACCGCAGUCUCUGCUGUAUAUAUCUGCAAGAAUUUAGGGACCCAACCCUGAGCGGGGAUCUGCUGAUAUUUCAAACAGCGAGAUGAUAUCUUUCCAAGCGUUUUGCCUUAAGUGGAAUUGUUACAGCACCAAAUUACUGGCAAAAACAGAAACCCAUGCAUUGACUGGUGGCCAAAUGAAUGCAAACAGGAUGGAUGCGCAUCUUAUCAGUGCUGGUGUUGUGCGUUGGCUGGACAGAUUGCCUGUUUUACCUACCUGUGUUGCUGAGCAAUUCUUUUAGCUGUGAACCCAACCAGAAGGUAUGUUAGAAUAAACCACACAGUACCUCACAUGGGAUCCGUCGUAGGGACACAAGGGUGGCGAGUUCCUGGUAGGAGCUUCAGUAGCCCCCAGCCUCCCAUUGCACGUGUGGCUCCCAGGAAUACAGCACAACACAUCCUAAAUGCCAGCACAGAGAGCAGUAAGUGCCGACUGACUGUCUGAUGGAAUUGAUCUUUCACUCGAGGUGAUUAGCAGGGCUUUUUUCAACACCCAGGCACUGCUUCAAAGUGGGGUCUUAAGGCACAGCUUAUUGUGGGUGAGGUUAGCGGCUCCGGUGCAGGUAAAUAGCUGGUUGCAGAACCAAAAUGACUUCAGAAAUAAGUGCUUACUGGUAUUAGUGGGAGCAGCAGCUUGUUGUUGACUGUUCUAAAUGCCAAAAGCCUUUAAAUUUUAUUGUGAUUUUGUGGAGUGGACCCUGCAUUAGGAAGAAAUAGCUCCUGUGAAAAGCACCACUUACAGCCAGAAAUAGGUUGCAGCAAAAACAACCUGCAAGUCCAGCCUAAAUCCCAGACUGGUCUAGUCUGGGCUAGACUAGGCUAGUUCAGAGGAACAUUUCGAAUCCAGUGAAGUCCUUACUGCACAAGAGCUGGGAGACUAGAAAACAAAUAUGACUGCUACAGCUCUUAUUCUGCUCUGUCAUCAGUUGGAGGGCAGUUGUGAGCACAGUGUGUGUUUGUGCAACACCCCUAAUUAGCUGCACACUGAGCAGAAUUAAAGCUGUAGCUCAUGUAUUGGGUUCAGGUGGAUUGAGGCUCUUGCCCUGCCUCUCCCACAGGUGUCCUGUGUGGCUUUUACCAGUGCGUCUCAGGCCCUCAUCUGCAAAAAUGGCAUAAUAAUCCUUGCUCAUCUUCUGAGGGGAUGCAGAAAUUCAGUACUAAAACUAACGCUCGCCUCAGUAGGGGCAGUCCUUAAAAUAAACUCAGAGCAUCCUCAUAAAGGAAGAGGAAGCGGUAUCAGUCCUUCGAUACUAUAGAAAAUGGGAAUGUCAUAGAAGUGUGCAAAUAGCAACCAUCUUAAAAUAGUUUGAUAACCCUACUGCACCGUGGCGGAAUGUAUAGGUGCCAUAAUAGACUCCAGACGUAUUUCUGAAACUUUUUAGAUGAAGAAGAAUGAAAAAGAAUGGCAAAGAUGAGUUGAAUGUUAACAGUAGUGGUGACAACGUGCCAACCUGUGUGAUGGACUGCACUAGGGAGGAAUUUGGACCAGAGGAGUUUGGAUCAGAGGAACACAGCUCAUUACGGAGACUGUUUCUUUUUAGCUUUGAAUUUAACAUGGGGUGUGAAACAAAAGAUGUAUCUAUCUUGCAUUUUUGUGUGUUUUUAAAAACAAAUGUGGCAAUAGUAACUCGGCAAAAAUAUGUUAGGGGUGGCUGAGCCGGUAAGCCUAGCAUUCACCCCAGUGCUAUGUUCCCACUGCUGCAUGACAAACCCUCCUGUGCUGAGCCCAGCCUGUACUCCUGCAUUGUCUGCCACAUCCACUUUUCUUCUCACAGGUCACUAGUAAUAGGACUAGAGGGAAUGGCCUCAAGUUGCACCAGGGGAGGUUCAGGUUGGAAAUGAGCAGACAUUUC